AUGGACCGGGGCCGCCGCAGCCUGGCGGCCGAGGUGCUGCGCCGCCGUGGCGCCCCGCCAGCGCAGCCCGCCGGACCGCGCUUCACCCAGCUCACCCUCGACGGCUUCCUGCACCAGCCGGCCUCGCGGCCUGCUGCCGGCGCAGCCUCCUCCGGCGGCGGCACUCAGGACCCGCCGCCCCCGCCGCUGGAGCCGGCCGCGCCUGGCCCCGCAGCACCGCAGCCCGCAGCCACGCCACUGGAGGCUGCCCGCCGCGCGGCUCUCCAGUCCUUCUGGUCCCUUCUCGCUGAUUUUGAGGCCCUGGGCUGUGCCCCCGCCUCUUGGAACGGCUACAAGGCGGGGCGUCCGUGCGCCACCUGCGAGCGCGGUGCGUUUGCCACCAAGGACCUCAAGCCGGACGAGGUCAUCGUGUCCCUGCCCUUCAAAGCUGUCCUCCGCCUCAAGGACCUGGACCACGCCGCCUUCCCCGCCGAGUAUGCGCGGCACCUGCUGGCGGCGAUGCACAACGAACCCUCCCACAACGCCACCUGGGGGGUGUUCUGGGAGACGCAGCCGGGGCCCGAGGGCGUGUUCACUCCAGAGGUGUACACAGAUGAGCACCUGGCACUGCUGCAGUGCCCAGAGCUGGAGGGCCUCGCCCGCGGGCAGCGCCACGUCACGGAGCAGAUCUACGACGGGAGCUACCCGCACGCCACGCUGGAGCCGUUUGUGAAGACGGUGCCGGCCGACAAAGUCUCACCAGACAUCUUCAAAUACGUGUCCAGCCUGGUGGGCUCCCGCUACUUUGGGUUCUAUCGGGACGCCGACAGCGAGAAGGUGGCCUCCCACCUGCUGCCGCUGCUGGAUGCCAUCAACCACGACGACGACCCCAACGCGUGGCGCUCGGACGACGGAGACAAUGUGUUGAUCACGGCGACCAAGCCGAUCAAGAAGGGGGAGGAGAUCACCUUCAACUACCAGCCCAACAUCGUGCACCGCGCCGACAUGUCGCUCUACAUAUACGGGUUUGUGAUCCAGCGGGACCAGCCGCUGCUGUGCGCCGUGGACCUGCCCGGCUUUGACCCAAAGGACCCCUUUGGGCCCACCCCUCAGGACGAUGCCGAUUACGAGCUGGGCGGCAAGCUGGCCACCCGAGCGGAACUCGACCGGCUGUCGGCCCGCCUGGCGGCGGCAGGCACCAGCGAGGCCGAGGAUCAGGCGCUGCUCCAGAGCGGCACCGUCACAGACUGGCGGCACAAGGCGAUACUGGAGUUUCGGGUGAUGCGCAAGCGCGCGCUGCGGCAGACCAUUGCCAAGCUGACGGCAGCGCUGGGCCUGGACGGCGGCGGCGCACCCGAGCUGGCGCAGCAGCGGGACGAUGAGGAUGAGGACGAUGAUGAAGAGGAGGUAGAGGCGCCCAGGGAUGAGCUCUGA